ACGAACAUCUCACCGACAGGCCGAGUCAAUAAAUGCCUAUGUGGAGGCAGGACACAGUGUGUAUACCGUGAAGUAUCAAAAGGACGGUUUCCUUUUCGGAAGGUUUAGCGAGAGUUCCGGCAACAUCUUCAUGCAUUGUCUGCAAGACCAGGCCCCGACCAGAGGCGUUUAUACGAUUCCGUUUAGCGAAGUGAAAGCGACACAUUUUCAUAGCGAAUGGAAAGCCUUCUUCGACAUCACGUGGCCGGACUCGCCCCCUCGCCGCGUGAUCAUCCACCUCGUGUCAUCGUACCCCACGGAUCAUACCCGGGUGAUGUUCAUGCUGUGUACGGGCGAGAAAGGGCGGUCCUACAUCAACAGCGGCGUCGACGUGAUCGAUGGCGAAAUGUCGAGCGAGCACUUGAUCUUCGGGAAAGGCUGCAGGAGCCCCGCCACGUUCUCGACCAUUUCCAGGGGGCGCUUGGUGAAUGACAAAGUCGGGUUUGUGGAUGUUAGCGAGGACGGCCAGGUCCACAUCACGAUCAAUCCCGGUAUCUCUUUUUGUACAACGGUGGGGAAUGUGUGCAGCGGGAUGGACGUGUUGCAAGAAGCGUCGGAGUACUACAACACCUCCAAAGUGCAACUGGUAGACUGUGGAGUUGUCUUGCCAUGUUGAAAGGGCUAGGGCACAGAGUGGGUAAUAUCAUUGUUUUUUAUUAAUCAUUAUUAUUAUUAUUAUUGCUAUGUUG